AGGACUGUGCGCGCUCCGUCCACAGUGCACUGUGCACAGCCACCCAAGACAUCUUCUGAAAAGAAGCACCGUGGACAGUUAGGUUACUCGGUCUUGAAAAUCGGACUUUUAAAAAUAUGGCAUCACUACCAGCUCGCCUGGUGCUCUUUAUUCUGUUCGUCAUAUCUUUCUGUGGAACGGAGAAGCCGAGACAGAGGGGUCUACGCCAGAGGGAUGCUGAAUAUGUUGAACGAUGCACUGGGAGGGACACAGACAAGCAGAACUGCACCAGACACUCCACAGACGCCCAGUCCACUCGUGUAAACGUGUACAGCGAAUGUCUACAGGGUCCCUCCGGCACCCCAGGACGUGAGGGGAACCCGGGUGUGAACGGCAUCCCAGGAACGCCGGGUAUCCCGGGACGGGAUGGCCUGAAGGGCGAGAAGGGUGAAUGCAUGAGGGAGAUCUUUGAAGAGCCGUGGAGAUCCAAUUACAAGCAGUGUGCCUGGAACUCUCUUAACUAUGGAAUUGACCUGGGAAAAAUUGCGGAAUGCACCUUCACCAAGCUGCGCUCGGACAGCGCCCUGCGGGUGCUCUUCAGCGGCUCCCUGAGGCUCAAGUGCAAGACGGCGUGCUGCCAGCGCUGGUACUUCACCUUCAACGGAGCCGAGUGCACAGGGCCCCUGCCCAUCGAGUCCAUCAUUUACCUGGACCAGGGCAGUCCCGAGUUCAACUCCACCAUCAACAUCCACCGCACCUCUUCCGUGGAAGGGAUGUGUGAGGGGAUCCAUGCUGGUCUGGUCGAUGUGGCCAUUUGGGUAGGCACCUGUGCUGACUAUCCACGCGGCGAUGCGUCCACUGGCUGGAACUCUGUAUCCAGGAUAAUUAUCGAAGAGCUUCCCAAAUGAGCCCUGGUGCAUCUCCCCCUGAAACUUGGGCGUCCUGCCGUCAGCCAUUUUGACCCAGGCUGUGAAAUGACAACGGUCGCCGCUGGUCGGAAAUACUGGCCCUCUGCCACCAUCGUCUUGGAAGCAAUGUUUGGGAAUCUUGGGUGAUAGUUUAGGGCAGGAUUUAAUCUGAACUUUGACCACCUGCUAGGCAAAAGUUGGGGAUUUGUUAGCAUUAUUUAGACUCAAUCAAGGGCUGUUGCUUCUACCUCGGCUGGAAAACCGCCGUUAGCUCUGUGGCCCAUCAUUUUGGAUUAUUUUAACAAUAUGAGGGAGAAAGUCUUGUUUAAGUUUUAGUAUUCUGCAUAAUCAUGGUCAUUUUUUUAACAGUUUAAUGUUCAUUAAAUUAGCCUUUUUUACUUACUACUAAACAUUGUUUGCAUCACUUAUGUUUGCUAUCAAACUUGCUAUCACAGCAUUUUUUUAUACUUGUUUUGUUACCUGUCGUCUGUAUUCUAAACAUGGUUUAACAGUUUUUGCUGUGUUAAUAGUUAAACGGAAUUAAGGAAUUUGUGAUAAGCUGUUAUGUUGCUACUGAUGGCUAGGUACCACAUACUAUUUGAUGGAGGGCCUGUGGGAGUUGAAGUUGACAAUCUGUAACAAUCCUAAACAAUCUGUAGUUCUUGAUUUAACCUACCAUAAGCCCAAAUGUGGAAUGCCAUGUGGUACUUCCUGUUGUGUGCAGUCUUGUUUUGACAAUAGAAUGCAUUUUGAAACAGGAUGUAGCCAGGAUGUAGUUGUCAGGGGUAUGUGGAUAAACAGCAAGCACACAGUAAAACACCAAGGCAGUGCUGUGAAAAAGUAUUUGCCCUGUUCCUAUUACUGCAUAUUUGCCACACUGAAUGGUUUCAGGUCUUUAGACAAAAUUUAAUAUUACCCAAAUGGAACCUGAGUAAAAACUACACACAUUCUUUAAAUUAUUAUUUCAUGGAAUAAGGUAUCACACACUUAUCAUUUUGUUAUGUUUUGUGUUUAUUCAGGUUCUUUUUGGCUAUCACAUUUAGUCUAAAGAUCUGAAACCAUUCAAAUAUAUAAUAAUAGAGGAAAUGAUGAAGGGGGCUUAUACUUAUUUACAGCUCUGUAUGUACAGUGCCCUCCAUAAUGUUUGGGACAAAAACCCAUCAUUUUUUUAUUUGCCUCUGUACUCCACAAUUUUAGAUUUGUAAUACGAAACAUCACAUAGUUAAAGUGCACAUUGUCAUAUUUUAAUAAAGUAAUUUUUAUACAUUUUGGUUUCACCACAGUUGACAAUGUUAUGUAAAUGAAAGUAGUCAUGUUUACUAUUUUGUUGAAUAUCCUUUGCAUGCCAUGACUUCCUGAUUUAAAAUCGGAUAAUUUUAACCAUCACCAUUUUUUUAUUUAUCAUUACAAAUCUCAAAUUGUGGAUUAUAGAGGCAAAUAAAUAAAUGAUGGGUCUUUGUCCCAAACAUUAUAGAGGGCACUGUAAUUCUGUUCUUGGAAGAGCUUUCUCUCAUUCAGUUUUUCCCCAGGCCUGUGGCAACUUUCCUGAGAUUUGUUCACAACUGUGAUCCAGGAACUGCUCCAACUGGAACAUCUUUUCUCUUUCCAACUUGCCACACAAUGGGUGGUCGUCUGUGAAUCAUCCAGAUGUUUCACAUAGGGAACCAGCGCCAAUGGUUAAUUAUGCUUACUCUAUGUGCAAUGACAUCCAUUUUGCCCAGUAAUUAAUGGUACUUUGAACUGCAAAUACAGGGGCUCAGUACCACCAUAUCAAGGCAGUCUGCUCGGAAAAUGGAUAAGAACUGCUUCGUCUAAAUGGUUAGGCUGAAUAUUUUGUAUAUUGCAUUUAUUCACAGGCUAUUACACAUCAAAAUCAAUGAGGUUAUGACCCAGGGACCUAUAUAUAGGAAUUUUAAUGUACUGUCAAACCAAAUAUUUUUAUGAAUAAUGAUGUUUGUACACUGCUAUCUUCUAAGUUGUAUUGAGUAUGUACUUAUUGUGUGUAUGUCAUGAUUUCUGGCAAAUGGCAUUGACAACUAUGAUUAAAACAGAAAACGUCAAAAAUGUAUUCUUUAAAAGCAAUGUAGUUUGAAAAAUCUUAACAAUUAUAAAAAUAAUUGUUAAAAUAAUUCUGUAACUGAAAUCAUGUAAAAGGAUAACUAAAGUGCAACUGUCAUAAAUGCACAAUUCUAUGAAAUAAUUAUUGUAUUUGGAUAUCACAGGAUAAAUGUAUCCGGCAUGGCCAUGAUUGUUGGGUUUGUGUACAUAUUGGGGAAUGAGAUGAGCAUACAUUCGUUCAUCUCAUUCCCCAAUCCUAAAUCUUGUGAGGAUAGAUUUUCCAUCCAAUCUGCUCAGAAUUCCUGGUGCGUGUUACCAGGCAGACAUUCUUGUUAGCCAGCUAGCAGUAACAAACGGAAUCUAAUCAGACUAUAAGUUUCUAUGUAAAAUGCAUUUGGUGGUUCUGGCAUAAACCAGCCAGCCACGAUAUCUCGUUGGUCAAUAAAUAUUUAACAUUUGAUAAA